AUGGAAGAAGGCUUUUCCGAAUGGGUUAUUCUCGAAUACUCCCAAAUAAUCCGUGACAUCGGCCCACAAAACCUCAUCCUCACCUCGCUCCCCGCCGGAACCACCUCCAAAGACAUCCCACAACAACUCCUUGACAUGGGCCUCCAAUGGACCACUGACGAAUGUGUCGACAUCGAAGAAGGUGGAAUUGACAAGACUAGGGUGUGUUUAUUAGAUCCUGGGGCUGAUGAGGAUCUUGUGCCUGAAGAUAAGGCGAAGUUUGAUUAUUUCGUGUUUGGUGGUAUAUUGGGCCAACAUCCCAAGAUUGACCGGACGGGGAUCUUGAGAAGGAAAUAUGGGUUUGCGGGAAGGAGAUUAGGGGAAUUACAGAUGACUACAGAUACUGCGAUUAGGACUACUCAGAAGAUUAUUGAGGGUGGGAAGAAGUUUGAAGAGAUUGAGUUUUUGGAUUAUCCUGAGAUUAAGUAUAAUAAAUAUGAGAGUACUGAGAUGCCAUUUAGAUAUAUUGUGGAUGAAAAUGGCAAUCCAAUUUUACCGGAAGGGAUGUUGGAGUUGAUUAAACAUGAUGCUGAACAAAGUAUUGAUGAUUUGUUACUUGAAUAA